GCGCUUCCGAGUCGGCGGGUCGCCAUGGCGGCGGCGGCGGCGAUGGCGGCGGCGCUGCGGGAGUGGGCGGCGGCGGCGGCGCGGCAGGACGCGGCCUGGCGGGCGGCGAUGGCCGCCUGGGCGCCGCUGCUGGUCUCGCUGGCCGGGCUGGCGGCGCAGAUGCGGGCGGCGCAGCGGCUGGCGUGGGGCGGCUCGCCGCUGGGCCCCUUCGGCGACCUGCGGGCGCGGCUGUGGCGGAAGCAGCGCGGCGCGGCCGAGGCGCUGCUGGAGCAGCUCGGCGGCCGGCGGGCGGAGCUGCGGGCCGUGCGGGACGCCGUGGGGGCCGGCGUGGCCGCCGUGCUGCGGCUGUACGAGGAGCGGGCGGCGGAGCUGGGCCUGGCGGCGGCCCUGCGGCGCGGGCCGCGCUGCCCCUCGCUGGCUGACGCGCUGGAGGGGCUGCAGGACGUGGAGCGGUACUACCGGCAGCUGAAGGUACCUGGAGAGCAAGCUGCUGCUGCUCCGCAUCCGCUGCGACAGCCUGGCAGACAUGGAGGCCCUCCCGCAGUCUUGGGAGAGGAUUUUGGCGCGCUACAAGGAAGACGUCAUUCAAGAUACGCUUCUUAAGAUUUCUCUGUUUGUGGACAACCAGCGAGAGCUGUGCUGCUCACCAGGCUCCUGACGGAGAACAGGAGGGACUGGCGUCGACCGGCUUCUGCGAGAGUCUGGUAUGUUCUGAGGUGACUGCAAAGAGGAUGAUGAAUUGAGGAAGCUUUACUGGUGCUUUUUGGAAGCUGAAUGAGUUGGGUACUUGGCCUCAGUAGGAAAUGCUUGGACUGUUUCGUUUUCAAGUGAAAAUGGACUUGGUGCCUGAAGAAGAGGCUGAGCUGAACAAGCUGUGGAAAUUGUCCUUUCUUUUGCCUGCCGUGGAUGUUUUGUAUACUGAAAAAAAUGUUGAGACUUAUUGACUUGAGGUGCGCUGCAAAUAAGUGAGCGUAACAUAAAAUCCAGCAGGCUGAUACCUGUACCUGUAAGGAGGAUGCGUAGGUACCGUCCUUACAAAUAAAUAAACGAUGUCAAAUCAGGGCUUGAAAACAGUUUGCAUCUUGUGCCUCUGAGCAAUGUGUUUGCUUUCACCCACCUGUACAUUGAAGAGGAAGGAGCAAAUUUGGCUUGGAAAUGUAAUUAUGGAGGUAUGGAACCCUGAGGACUGACACAGGUAGUUUUCAAGUGUGUUAGAGUAUGGUCUUCUGAUACCUCUGCUAGGGCAUGUUUAAAUCAGUCUUAAAACUUCACGCUCUGUGGCCACAGCAGCUGCUGACAGUUCUGGGGACAUCUUUUGUUGGCCAUGACACCCAUCCUCUGUAACGUUCCCGGAAAGUGGUGGGGUGCCUGUUGCUAAAUAACAUUUGGUAUGAAAUUGUAGCUUCUCGGAGAAGGCCAAAUAAAGAGUUGUACUUGGACGGAUUUUA